AUGCCGGCAACUCUCCGCGAGCAGCGGCAGCGCUGCCGCUGCUCGCGGAGAGGUCCGCGAGCCUGGGCGCGCUGGAUCUCAGCGCGCGCAGGCUUCGGCAUGCCGGCAACUCUCCGCGGAGCAGCGGCAGCGCUGCCGCUGCUCGCGGAGAGGUCCGCGAAGCCUGGGCGCGCUGAUCUCAGCGCGCGCAGGCUUCGGCAUGCCGGCAACUCUCCGCGAGCAGCGGCAGCGCUGCCGCUGCUCGCGGAGAGGUCCGCGAGCCUGGGCGCGCUGACCUCAGCGCGCGCAGGCUUCGGCAUGCCGGCAACUCUCCGCGAGCAGCGGCAGCGCUGCCGCUGCUCGCGGAGAGGUCCGCGGAGCCUGGGCGCGCUGACCUCAGCGCGCGCAGGCUCGGCAUGCCGGCAACUCUCCGCGAGCAGCGGCAGCGCUGCCGCUGCUCGCGGAGAGGUCCGCGAAGCCUGGGCGCGCUGA